AUGUGUAUUGGCGUCUGGACUUUGGAUCAUCCGGAUUAUGCUUUAAUCCUCUGCGAAAACCGAGAUGAAUUCAUCGAUCGACCGACGGAGGAUGCUCAUUGGCACUCGUUUGGAGACGUCCAAAAGCAGGAUGAACCAGGCAACGUAUUGUCAGGUCGGGAUAUCAAGGCAGGAGGUUCAUGGUUUGGCCUAAAUAAAGAAGGCAGGGUCGCACUCCUGACAAACAUAACCGAGCCUCUUGGGAGAUACAGUUCAUCCAGAGGCGCACUCGUCUCCUCCUUCCUACUCUCCAAAUCAAACCACCCCUUGGAGGACGAACUAGGAAAGAUAGUCUCUCCGAACGCCGCAUUCGCAGGAUUCAACCUACUACUUCUCUCGCCUACUUUACGCUCCGAUGAUACCAUCUCGUAUGACGCCCUAUUUGUCACCAACCACGGUGGAGGCGGAGUUCUAACGUCUCGUCGACUUACACCUGAAGAACAACGUUGUGGAUGCAUGUCCAACGGGAUUGAUGGAAAAGACGCCAGCCAGUGGCCCAAAGUGAUACACGCCACCCGGGAGUUCAGUGCUGUCCUUCAGAGCCUAUCCCAAGAAGCCACAGAAACCGAAAUUGCGGACCAUCUCUUUAAUGUCCUCGCAAGCUGGCGAUGCAGUGAACCUAUUACACUCCGUACUGGGCUUCGAAACACAGUCCAGGUCGAGCCGAUUCCGAUCGUUCUCGAAGGAUCUCAGUCGGCGGUUCCAACAGCCUAUGGAACGCGUUUAUCCACGGUUCUCUUGAUUCGGCGAAACGGGGACGCCCAUUUUAUUGAGCGCGAUAUCUGGAAGCGCGAUAAUGACGGAAACAUCGCCAGAACAGACCCACCUACCCAGCGCGAAUUCAAGUUCAAACUGGAUCUCGAAGCUAUCAGAAGAGCGCAAUCAUCAUCGCUCCGCGGAUAA